CGCGUCGUGCAUCUUGGCCGAUGUUGAGCUGAAAACAAGGAGCGCACGUUUAUUCUAUGCGCACGUCUUUUGUUGUGCGAAGUCUUGUAGUUUCAGUUGCGUUGUAUUUCUGUGCUUAUCUCCGUCCCGCGGAGGUACCUUGCUCGGCGCCGAGACAAUGGUCAACGACGUAGCCUUGUUUGUGUUUUCGCUCUUCGACACGGGAGCUCUGCUAUUCCUUACCGUUUACGUCGUGAUUACACUUUCCGAUUUAGAAUGCGACUACCUCAACGCUCAGCAAUGCUGUUCCAAGCUGAAUGGGUGGGUCCUACCAGAGGUGAUCGCGCAGGCCAUUCUGACCGUUCUGCUGUUUUUCGUCAACUUCCAUUGGAUUUUGUUUGCACUCAAUGUCCCCAUGGUCGUGUGGCAGGUUUACAAGUACCUCUCGGUACCUGACUGCAACUUCGGCGUGUAUGACCCAACGGAGAUCCACAACCGGGGCAACCUCAAGCGGCAUCUGCGAGACUCCAUGAUCCGUCUGGCCUUCUACCUCAUCUUCUUUUUCAUCUACCUCUACUGUAUGAUCAUCGCCUUGCUGACGUCAAAUCCCGACACAAGGCGGGAGACCUACUAGGAGGUGUGAACCAGAUUUCUUCUCCUUUUCAGUAUCUCCCAAAUACAAAUGGAGCGUCUGUCCCGCGGACCGCGUCAAAGAAGCUCCCAUUUCAAGAGCCAGAGUCAAGGAGAUCUCGCCAUAAGCCUGUUUGUGGUUUGUGCACCUGCGCAAGAGGAGGUUGGCGGCCACUGCCAGGCUGAAGGAAGUCAACGGAACUGGUCAUUUCAACAGUCUGCAAUACUCUCAUAUUGUUUUCAUGCCAAAUUGCAGCUCUUUUUUUUUCUCUCUCUCUCAUCGUUUUACUAGGUUUGCGGCCCUCUUCAUUUCAAACCAUGCCUGCCCCGUGCCAUCGGAAACGCCUCACAAGGCUUCAAUGUGGCAGCUCGUGUGCCCUGGUUCUAGAGCUUGAUACUUCAGUGAAAUGGCAUGUUCCUUCCUUUGAUACCUCUGAAGUGAAGACACUUUUCAGCUGUCAUGGCAAUUCGGGAGUGUUGGCCUGCCAUUACUGAGACGUAGUCUCAUAGUACAUGGGUAAGAAUAAAGAAUAGUCGAAACAGUGCGCCAUUUCUCGGCUAUUCUUUGUCAUUCCCCAUGUGAUCGCGCUGCGAGAGAGAGAGAAAUCGUUUAUUUCAACCAUGGAGGUCAUUGCUCUUGAGGUUGAGUGUGUGGUGUCCUCAUUCCAGCACACCACUGCCCGUGGCUGCUCGACAAACUUGCUGAACGAGCGCUUCUUGGCCCACCAGGGUAUCGCUCAAAUGAUGAGCUAGGCGUCUUCAAGUGUUGGGGUUUGCCCCCGCACCCUCAGGAGAUGUGGAAGAGAACAUGGCGUGUGUCGCCGCACCAGGGCAGAUGCUGCGAUAUGUUAGUGGGUACAUUUCGCGCUAUGAACAUACUCUUAGCCGUCACUUGUUCGUUGCGAUAACCCUGCACCCGAGUACAGGUUGAUAUAGCAGCUUUGGUUAUUGAAUCUGUACCUUUGUAACCAUAGCACUGUUCAGAGGAGCAAAAAUGCCCUUUGCGACUAAUUCUGGCUUCCAUUGGGCUAUUGAUUUCUCGACUGUAUGCUGAAAUUCGAUGUAUAUUUCGAGUAAAUGGCAUGCUGUUUUAGCCUGGUAUCAUCAAUAUGCAUGUACCGUGCAUUUGUAGUCCAAGUUUGUUUACCGCUAGCACUUUUUACUGCAGUGUAUGUCUGUUCACUUCUUAGGCUACACAUGCGUGAAUUUGUUGCCAAACGUGCAUCAGCUAUAGAAACCAAACAGAGAUUCAGUGAUAUUGUGUUGCAUCAGCCCUCAGUAGUCUGGUUGUCUCUCUUCUUAUUAGUGUUUCUCGACUUGCCUUGUUUCAGCGCAGUGCAAAUCAGCACAUAUUUUCGGUGAUAUUUUAUUAUAUGCACUGUCAGUGAUGUGAUUUAUUCUCUGGGCACAACUUUUCUUCUCUCGUGCCUGCUCAUUUUCAAACUGCAUUGUAAACGGUUGUCCCUCAAUGUCUUUUUGGUGUGCUGUGCCGUUGUCUACUCAGACAUAUGCUUUCCCAAGAGAUGAAUUAUGGUAAUUGCUCUGGAUACUGCUUAACAUGGUUUUUUUCUCGUUGAGAUUGCUUACAGCUACUGGCAGUUAACCCUGAGGAAUAUGGUACUGGCCCCGACUACUGCUUAAUGUGGUUAUUCUCUAGUUCAGAUUGCUAGCAGUUACAGGCAGCUAACUCUGAGAAUACCAAAUGUCACGAAUAACUAGUCUGAGCAAGCUUGCCGCAUGUUCACACAAACUACAAGGUAUAAAAUGCAGCAUUUUUUUCUUUAUUCUUUUUAAAACUCUACAGGCAUUCCUUUAGACCACGUCAGUUCUAAUGCACCACAGCUCUGUUCCUAGCUUGUGAAAAUGUAAGGAAGUAGAAGCUUGGGAUGCACAUUUCAAAUAAUGGAAAGUUAAGACUGUGAAGUGGUUUACUUUUCAGUGUGCUUUGUAUCGAUGAAGUGAGUGAGUUGUGACUGCAAGCAGCCAUGAGUGUCAAGCGUUCCUUCUGAUGAGAGUUUACUUUGGGUGACAUGUUUGAGCAUUAUCUGUUUGUAGGUCUUGCCGCCAGUGAGUGAACUAGCAUUGAACUUGAACCAGCCAGUAGCAUUUCUGGGGGUUUUGUCCUUCUUUAUUACUAGAGGUGUGCCUCAAGGAUGUGCAUUUUUGCGAGUGUUUUAGUGUUAGGUAUGCCAGCUUUUGUGGUAGUGUGUUGAAAUGAAGAAAGAAAAAUGUAAGUGGUGACUGGUACAAAUUUUGGUUAGUGCGUGCCUGAUUUGUCAAUUUUUGAGCAUGAAGCCAGCUGCAGUUUCCCAUACUUCUUAGCGCUUAUACUUCUUGGGCACAGUCGCAGGCACACUUCUUGUAUGCUGUGAGCAUCGUUAGGACUACUGCACCUUCUACCGAAUAUUGUGUUGAUAAAGGGAGUCUGGCGUAAGCGCUUCUGGCUGAACCAUUAACUGGUAUGCACUGCUAUUUGUAUCGGAGGCAACAUUCCUCAGUGCAUUUUCUUAACACCAUGCACUAGUACUGGCUUGUUUCACCCGGAAGAAACUGGAAUUGUAUGUCUGCACUGACGUUAACUCAAAAUGUAGAUUUCCUCAACAGUGGGUAGUGGCGCCAUCUGUCACUGUUGUGGUGAAACACGGUGCCAGCUGGAUUUUGCUGUUGCAGUAUAACAAGCUACGCCAUGUUUCCUUUCUAACCGGAAAAAAAUCUGAUUUUCAUUGAACAACACCAUAGAUGAUGUGAAUUCUCAUUUCUCCUCAACAAAUGGGCAAGUGUCGAAUUUAAACAAAAUAAACUGUGAACUUUCACAUCAGAGUAAACUUUGAGUUUGGCCUAGCUGGCGCUAUAGCCAGAACCAGUUACACCUGGCUUCCUUACCUAAACAUAGAUUUGGAAUGUCAACUACAAUGCAGUGGAUAAAGAUGUUUGUGCAGACGGGAUCAGUAACCAGCUAUAUUAGAGGCCCUGGUUUCGAGCUGGGUUGCAUUGAAUAAAAUGUGUGCUGUAUGUACAUUGAAGUGUGACAUUUUGUACAACUUUUAUGUAUACAGUUUGUAUGUGCUAUGGUUCAUACUAGUUGUACUCUCCGCUCAGCUCAUGUAACGCUUCCUGCUAGUCCUAGCAUGACGGUUCUGCUGUGCUUGUAUGUCGUGUGAAUCAAGCGUACAGUGAACACUUGCUGAAAUUCAGGCCAUGCUUGUACUGUGGCAGUUCGGCUGCUAGCAACAAUGUCGAGUAGUUAUGUGCAGUGAAAACUUGGUUGCACUCACUUAUGCUUUGUUUCUUACGAGCUGACAUUCAUCUGGAUCAGCUUUGUCUCCACUUGACAUUUGGGCUGCUCGAUUUCUAUGAUCAUUGUUAGAGCAUUAAUCAGUUCAGGCAGGUUUUGGUCGCUAUUUCAAUACAUCUUGCAUGGUUCAAUUCUUGCAUGUAUGUAGAUGAACCCUUAUUCUAUCGAUUCAGCGUUCUUUUACUGUCAUUCUUUGGCCAGAUGUCACCUUGACAUGCUCGUACAUGCAGCGUCUGCUAUGUGGUUAUUUGUUUUUGGUUACUGCUGCCUCUGUACUACUUAUUAGUUACUUAUUUUCAGACCGCAGUCUGUGGAGUUAGAUAUUGGUGCUUGUCUGGUGUUGUGCUCAUUUCUUCGGUCAUGCCCACUGCAGGCAUUUUUGCACUGUUGUGAAAUUUACAUGUGAUGGUGUUCAUUAUUGGUUUCUCUAGGGUGUGGCAUUAUUAAUUUGUUCCUGCCCGAUUGGUUCGUAUUUUGUGGCAUUUCCUCCUUUCUUUCGGACUUAUUCUUAUAUUAGCUGCACCGAGCAGGUGAUGAUGACAUUACGGUGGCACACAAGCCUAUGCAGAAGGGCUAAAAGUGGUGAAACAAAAAGGAAUUGCAAUAUGUCAGCCCUUUUUUUUUUUGUCUAUACUGCUCUCAGCCAAAAUUGCAGUCUGCUGUAGCUGUGUGGCGGUCUCUGGGGUGGUUGCGUGGCAGGUUGCUUUCUCGGUCUAUGUGGUACUUCAUGCUUCCAUAGCUAUGCUGGUAAAGCUGUGCCUUUCAAGUGAUGGUGUGGCAGUGGCAUAUUGGUCACAUUUCAUUUUGAAAGCUGCACGGAAUUGUGCCUGGUUGCAAUGCACUGUUCGUGUUGCACCUGCUGCUGCGCUAGUGUUGGUGCCCACAUGCCAGCAUUUAACUUUUGGCACCAGCUUUUAUCCCAUUUUGCAUAUUGCGGUGGGAACAUGACCUUGUUGGGCAAUUUGUGCAACUACUCGGAUAUUCAAAGGAUGUAGCGUUGGGAGCCCACGUCAGUGCGGGCUCCCGAUGUAGAGCAUUGAUAUGAAGAAGCGAAAUAUGCACAAUAUGCACCGUGGCUCAAUAAAAGAGGAAUGGUUGGUCACGAAUGUGCGUGUGUGCAUGCAUGUGGUGAUGAUGGUAGUCAGGCAUGACUUUGAAAUUAUUUCUCUCUCUCUUUUUUUUCAUUGAUGUGUACGGUCACAUCCAGCGUCUAGGUUAGGGGAACCUGGAGCCACAAUUUUUUCGUCCUCCUCUAUAACAUGUACCUGCCUGAGCUGCUUAACAUUAAUGGAAAUGAGUGAUUGAAAUGUAGUGGUCAUAUAUCUUCCCUCUCAUGUUUACAAUGGUAUCCAAAACACGUGUUCAGUAGUCAGUGAACAGUUUGCUACUGGAGAUAAAAAGGUCGAUUCAUGGUGACGAGCACCUACUAAAAUAAUGUUGAUGCAUAACUGUUGGUUCAACAUAAGAUUCGCGCUGCUCUUAAAUGGCAUCUUUCUAUUGGUAACGGCGAGUUUCAAGAUAAGUUGUGAUAGAGCUCAAGGACCAUGGGACAAACUGGCGAUGGACAAAAAGCGUGAAAUAAAAUGCAGACUUGGAGAAGAAAUGGACUUGACACACUGUCAUGUGGAUAUUUGUAAACCUGAAAAAAAAAAAAUGCUUCACCCAUGGCCAUGUUUUUCUUAGAUGGGCAAUUAACUUGACUGAAGCUUGACUGGCUCACUCUGUGUGAAUACAUUGGUUGCUGCUGUGAUUUAGUGUGUGCUUUAAAUGUUCUUCGUUCACCUGCUUUGUGUCAAACCUGGCAGGACUUCAGGUCGCGACUUUCCAGCCUUUUGCUUGUAUGUCUACAUGUACAAGAUGGCUCCCCCUGUACAUUCAGUGUUUCCCAGUGUUGUUUGUGUGCAGAUGGUUUUGUAGGGCUGCUCAAUGGUGAAUGUGUUUUACUGUGAAUAAACUAGUUUCUUUUUUACUA